ACUAUUCAGUCACCCUCAUGUUUCUGUUACUUGGGAGGUAGCAUAUGGUAGCAUCACAUGUUACCAUUCCGUCUCACUCAGCAUCUCCUGACAACAUAUCGUGGAAUUAGGGCAGUUCGUUUUUACAUCUGUGUUGGAUCGAAGUCGCGCACUGUCUGGCCUUUCGUUGGUGCCAUCCAAAGACUAGUUACCUGGAACCAGUCACCUUGUAGUAUUCCACAGGUGUCAAAGUUAAAAACCUACUGUUCACUCUUCAUGGAGGACUCCGAGCCCACGCUACUGAAGAGGGCUUGCCCUAGUGAAGAGCCUAUCCAUACCAGCAAGAGGCCCAGAGUGAACGACAAGAAUGGAGCCCCCGCUUCAGAGCUGGCAAAAGAGGAAGUAGAGGAGUGUGAGGAUGAAGGCAAUGAAGACGAAUUGCCUGAAGAAGAGGAGGAGGUGGAUGGAAGUGGCGAGACCUUUGCUGACAUGAUGAAGCAUGGACUUACAGAGCUUGAUGUGGGCAUCCUGAAGUUUGUCAGCGACCAUAAGGGCUUCUCAGGGAUUCUGAAAGAACGAUACUCUGACUUUGUGGUGCAUGAAAUCAACAAAGAGGGGAAGACUGUUCAGCUAGAUGACUUAUCUCUUCCAGUGGAACCUGAGGAAGUUACACCGGAGGAGCUGCCAGUCGAAGCCAAGGUGCUGACUGAAGAACAGAAAAAGGAACUGGAGGAGCUCCAGCUUUUCAAGAAUAAAGAAGGCAGUGUGUCUAUAGAGGUAGUUGAUGACACCAAAGAGAAGCGCACUCAGGUCCACAGAGCGGUGAAGAAUUUCUACCCUGGCCUCGAAACCAAAACUGAGGAGAGGGAGGGACGGAAGUUCAUUGUGGCUUACCACGCAGCGGGAAAGAAAGCCCUUGCAGUGGUUCGAGCCGCUCCAGCACCCAGAAAACACUCAUGGCCCAAGAACAGAGGCGCCUUCUGCCACUUUGUGCUAUACAAGGAGAACAAAGACACCAUGGAUGCUAUUAAUGUCCUCUCCAAGUUUCUCAGGAUGAGGCCUAAUGUGUUCUCAUACAUGGGCACUAAGGACAAGAGAGCCAUCACGGUACAGGAGAUAGCCGUUUUAAAGAUCACAGCAGAGAGAAUAAUUCAUCUCAACAAGUGCCUCAUGAACUUGAAGCUGGGGAAUUUUACAUACAAGAAGCAUCCUCUCAAGCUGGGAGAACUUCGGGGCAACCACUUCACCGUGGUCCUCAGGAACAUCAAUGGUUCAGUGGAGCAGGUCCAGCAGGCCAUGUCCUCGCUCGGGGAAACCGGCUUCAUCAACUACUAUGGCAUGCAGCGCUUCGGCACGACGGCGGUUCCCACACACCAGAUUGGCAAAGCCAUUCUACAGAACAACUGGACUGAAGUCGUGGACCUCAUUCUUAAACCACGGCCAGGAGCGGAGAAGAGUUACCUGGUGCGGUGCCGUGAGGAGUGGGCCAAGUCCCAGGACCCAGAGGCUGCUCUGAAGAAGCUGCCUGUCAAACGCUGCGUGGAGGGACAACUGCUGCGAGGGCUGUCCAAGUACGGCAUGAAAAACAUUGUCCAUGCUUUUGGAAUGAUUCCCCGUAACAAUCGGCUGAUGUAUAUCCACAGCUAUCAGAGCUUUCUGUGGAACACCCUGGUGAGCAGGCGGGUGGAGGCCUUUGGGUUUAAGGCUGUGGAGGGGGACCUGGUGCUCAGAGGGGGGACUGCUCAUGUUCUCACAGCAGAGGAAGUGGAGAAGCACUCCAUUCAUGAUAUUGUGAUGCCCCUUCCAGGCUUUGAUGUCAUUUACCCAACACACCAUGUUGGGAAGGGCUACAGAGAGAUUAUGACCGCAGAUGACUUGGACAUUGACAACAUGAGGCACAGGAUUCGGGACUAUUCACUUGCGGGGGCCUAUCGCCUCAUUCUCAUUCGCCCACAACAUGUCAGCUGGGAAAUUAUACACUAUGAUGAUGCAUGCGUCCCACUGGUUCACACUGAUGUUGAGAAACUAGAGAGCAAACCAGCCCCGGUCUACCUCACAGAGGGGAAGUACAGGGCCUUGAGGAUGGAGUUCUCUCUUCCUCCCUCGACCUAUGCCACCAUGGCCAUCAGAGAGGUGCUGAAAAUGGACACCAGCAUCAAGAACCAGACACAGCUGAACACAAGAUGGCUGAACUGAUUGCACAUGGACAUGUCAUGGCCCAGUACAAAGUGGAAUACCAUUUUAUUUCUCAUUUCACUCCUCCAUCGCUUUGUUAGUGUCCUUGUAAGAGGAUGUUUUUUUUAAAUUGCAAUUGUAACUUUCUUGGUUUAAAGCAGGAAAGUAUUAUGUAGAAGAUUUGGACAUGCUCUAUUGUGAGCUAGCUUUGGUCUGUAUUAUUUCUUAUGACUGACUUCCUGAAGAGGUUUGCAGAAGAAAGUUUUUCUUUUUUUUUUAAGUCUUAACUGUUGCGUGAUUGUACAGACAGAUGUGAACUGUAAAAUACGCCCCUGAUUAAAUUACGUGCCCAAGGAAUUCAA